CAAUGGUCAAUUCAUGUAUUACCCGCGCUCUUUGUUUUAACGGUAUAAUGCGAUAACUAAUAUCCUCGCUCAUGAGAUUGAGGUCAUCUACCUGCAGUAGGAGUCAGGUAUGUUAAUCGUUAAUGCAUUUGAAUUGCUUAGAUUGUUGGGCAAGGGGGGAGUACAAUGUAGUAUGGCUUAAUUUUGAAUGAGGCAAUUGUCGGGGAUUGUACGAUCCUCAUACACAAUUUUGGGUGAAUUUAUUAACAUUUGGUGUUUCCGGGGAUCUUGCUAGUAAUGUGAUGCGCUGCCCAUAAAAUUUUUCAGGAGUUUUCAUAUUUAGGUGCCCCUGAAAUUAUACCCAAAUGUUUCCACUUUAUAUCCCACUGAAUGCACGAAAGAUGGAUAUGUUAAGUCAAAACCUCGUGUCAAAAGCGAUAUUUGUAAGGAGAAAACGGGUGGAAUCUUGAAAACUAAUACAUCAAAUUCCAAAGACUCUAUUCCACCAAAUUAUAAUAAUGAGGUGAAAGCAAAAUGUCAUACUAAGGAGAAACUGGGUAGUAAACUUUUCCCAUCUCAGGACCCGUAUCUUUUCAUUGAUGAUGAUGAUAAAGAGAAUAUCGAUCCGAAUAGUCGUAAACAGACAACUAAAAAGCGUGUUGCAAGAGCAAAAGUAGCUCAUUCAGUCAAACCUAGAUCAAGGAAGCUUUUAUCACCAACACGACCAACAGGACCUGUGAAUCAGAUCAUGUGUCAAGAAGUGAAGCAGUUGUAUCUCCUGAGCCAAAGAAAUCUUCAUGCGUAAUGAAUCCUCAGGUUGCACUAACUCGCACAGAGUUAAAUCAACGGAAUAAUCUUGAAAGCUCUGCGAGCUCAACUCCUAAUGUUGAAAGUAAAAGUCUUCCAUCAAAUAUUACUGACAAACUUGUUGUCGUUGGCGGUGGUGUCUGCUCUUUGCCUGUUAUCAGUGGCGUUCCUGAUACUCCUGAACAUCAGAAUAAUGUUUCUGUACAUACUCCGAAUGAAUCUAUUCCAGUUAUCCUAAAACAAGCAUUUGUUAAUUUAAAGCCACAUAUUUCUUCAACACCAGCAGCUUCUAAUGGAACUGUCAUAUCACAUCCUGAGUUUGCUGCUACUCCAAUUAACUGUCCUGUGAAUAACAAAAAUAUUGCUACAACUGAUAAUAAUAACUCUAAUCAAAUGACUGAUAAUCAGUCACAAAGCAAGCCGAUAUCCACUUCAGAUGCCUACACUAAUACGAGUGAAGAUAACUCUUCUUCUAAGGAUCGUAGCAAAGAAUCAACUUCAAGUAGUGGUCAACGACGUAAAAGAGAAUCAAAGAGUGAUAGGGAGAAAGCAUACAACUCAUGGUUAGAUGAAUUCAACGCAGAACUUCAAAAGUAUGAAUCAUUUGAAUUAAGUAUAGAAAAGGAUACUACGACUUCGACAAAAACUUCGACUAAUCAUUAAUUAGUAUUGUUAUUUUUAUAUUAUUUUAUAUGAUUCCUCAUUCAUUUGGAUAUAUAUAUUCAUUACUACUUUUACCUCUAUACACGUACUGCUUUUUAAAACCCCCCCCACUGACUAUCCGAUUAAUAUAUACAUGCAAUAAUACAUACAUACAUACAUACAUAUACAAUCUGUAAUGAUUUUGUGUGCAUUUAUUUUCAUAAUAUGUAUAUCUUUGAUUAUAUCUAUAAUUUUAUAUACAUAA